GCUCCGGGUACCGCACAGAUCCCUCCAACAGAAGGAGAACUCCGGAGCAGCGGAGGUAGAUGAAAGCAAAGAGAAGGAACACGGCCUCAGCCAUGUCCACGUCGCUGAGAGUGAGCCCGUCAGUGCACGGCUACCGCUUCGACACCGCCCUGCGCAAAAAAGCCGUGGCCAACAUCUUCGAGAGCAUCGACGAGGAGUCGCUGCAAAAGCUCUUCAAGCAUUCCGGGGACAAAAAGGCGGAGGAGAGAGCCAAGAUCAUCCUCGACACCGACCAGGACGUGGAGGAGAAAACAAGAGCGCUAAUGGCUCUGAAGCAGAGGCGGAAAGACAAACUCCUCCAGUUCCUGAAAUUCCCGAAAUAUUCCAUCAAAGUGCACUGAGCCGGAGGGAGCAAACACGGAGGAGAACGUUUGGGGACGAUGCUGCCACAGGCAGCACACUCCAUGUUGCUGGGACGCUCCUGUGCCCGGUGCUGCCGGCAGGAUGCUGCGUGCCCAGCGCUGCAGGUGGGACGAGAUGCUGCUGUCCC